CACAAAAGAUGGCGGCGACGGUGGCAGCUAGCGGCGGUGUGCGCCUCUGACAGCGUUCGGCCUGCCCGCCGCCAUGUUGGUGAGGGCGCGAGCGGCGGCGGUAACAAGGGCCCUGCCCGGCCUGCGCCGGCUGUGGCGGGGCGGGGGGAGCGGGGCCGCCGCCUGCUUCCCGCUGGGCCGGGCGCUGCUGGGCGUGCGUGGCGCCGACACCGCCGUGUUCCUGCAGGGGCUCCUCACCAACGACGUCACGCAGCUGGCCGCGGGGGACGGGCCCCCCCCCGCCGCCGCGGCGGCGGCGGCGGCGGCCCUGCCGCGCGCGCUGUAUGCGCAUGCGCUCAAUGUUCAGGGCCGCUGUCUGUAUGACCUCAUCCUCUACAGGCUUCAUGAGAGUCCAGAAGAAGAGCCGCACAUCCUGCUGGAGUGUGACAGCAGCGUGCUGGAUGCCAUACAAAAACAUAUGAAACUGUACAAGAUCCGGAGGAAAGUAAACAUCGCCCCUUGCCUUGACCUCUCUUUGUGGGCCGUCAUCCCCGGGGAGCAGGCUGGAGACAUUGCCAGUUCCCUUGCAAAAUGUGCAGACCAGGCUCCAGUUUUAAGUCCUGACCCCAGAACAGAAGUCAUGGGCUGGAGAGUGAUUACAAAGAAAGGAGUGAAUCUGUCAGAGAUCAUCCCUGGGAGUCAUGUUGGAAACAUUCGGGAUUACCACAGGCACAGGUAUAAACAAGGAAUUCCUGAAGGUGUGAAAGAUCUCCCUCCUGGUGUUGCCCUCCCACUGGAAUCAAACUUGGCCUACAUGAAUGGCAUCAGCUUCACCAAAGGCUGCUACAUCGGACAGGAGUUGACAGCCAGGACCCACCAUGUGGGUGUCAUUCGCAAGCGGCUGCUGCCAGUCCAGUUUCCAGCUCCUCUUCCCACAGACAGCAUUCCCGAGGGUGCCGAUAUCUUAACUGAAUCGGGAAAGUCAGCUGGCAAGUUCCGGUUUGGAGGAGGUGAACUCGGUAUAGCUCUGCUGAGGUUAGCUAAUGUAAAUGAACCUCUCUACCUAAAUAUUGGAGGUGAUAAAGUAAAGCUCACUGCAAGUAUACCUGAGUGGUGGCCGAAAACCACUAGUAAAUAAAUAAGGAGCCAGCAUUUGCCUUAUUGAGAAUGUAUUUUGUGUGAUACAUUUGGGAAGGCAGCUCUGCCUUCAGCUGUUGUUUGUGGUGUUUGAUGAGGGGAGUGCAUGACAGGAUUCUUCAAAUUGGGACGAAAUAGCAGGAACCCAAACCUGAGGAUGGGAGGAUAAUUUAAGCACUGUAGAGAGACCCACAAAGCAAGUGCAGGGAAGCACAGAGUUUCCUGUGAGUACCCUGUGUUUAUUUAGGGGGUGCUGUGUCAGGUUGGAUGCCAGCUGAAUGUUCAGGCCACUGGUCUCUCAGUCAGACUCUGCCCUGCAUAAGGCACGGGGUGCAUUCAGGCUGAAGCAGACAAUGGGAGCAUGAGUUUCCCGUUGCACUGAACUUUUCUGUUAGGAAUAACCAUUCUGUGAUCUAAUAUAAUUUUGGGUUUUUUUUAAAUGAAGAGCAUGCUGCUCAUACCUCAUGUAAGAUACAUACUCAGGCUAAAGCGUUCACUGCAAAUUGAGCUUCUUCCUAAACUUGCUGAUAGGGUGCGCAUUUCUUUCCACCACGCUAAUUGCUAAUUGCGUUCAGGGAGAAGAAUACCUUCUCCUUCACGUUUGGAACCUUGAUUUUAAGUCCUCCCUGGUGGGAAAGCUCUCCAACAUCCUGGUCCUGUGCGCUGCUUCAGCGCCGGCAGAGGGAGCACAGACAGCGCCAGCUAGCUCCUCUGCCGCCUCUGACCUCGGUCAGCCAGGCUUCCUUCACCUAAGCAACUGUUUGGAAGAGGAGAGGGGUAUUUUACAGAAAUACGGCGCACUGGUGCAUGCCCUGGGGUGAUUAUUGUAUUGGUGUACUGGUGCGUAGCAGAAUAACCUCUUACCAGAAGCAUGUGCCAGCCAGUUACCAACAACAAUUGAGGGAUUGGGUUUUUUGGCAUCUCCGUCUUUGCUCUGUCAUCUUGUAGAAAAAUCCUCCAAACUUUCCUGCAGCCUUUGACAGGGGUUUUCUUGCUCCCUCCAGAGAGCUGGGGAAGAGAUAGCCUGUCCCCAUCUCAGAUCUUUGCUCCUUCCCUCAGCAUUAAGCUGAGGUCCCUGGGGAAAGGGUUAAUGCCAGACCUGCUCUCAGCUCAGCCUGGGGUUCCUGAGGGAGGAUUUUCACCUGUUCACUUCUCUGGCUGCUUCACCACUGACUUUGUUCUGAGAGCUCCCUGUACUGCACACCAGUCCCUGCUGCUGUCUCUAGCUGAGUUUUUCUCCAUCCACCAUCCCCUGUGGGUUUUCAGAGCAGCCCAGUACCUCAGCAUUUCUGUGCUGCAUUUUUCUGGCUCCCACUUCUCUUCCGUUUUCACACUUUUCCUUGUUUCUGCAGCCCGCAUGUCCCGCUCUGGUUCCUCACAACCAACCAGCUCCUAACCCUGCCAACCUGCAGUAUUAUAGGAGCCGUAUGUAUUUUUGUAUUACAACAUCUCCAUUAUGGAUGGCGUGUGUGUGGAAGGGCAUGACAAGACAGGUGAGCAGGUGAGAUCCCAUUGUGACAAUAAAAAAACCCCUCUUGUAUGCAUAUUUGUAACAAAAACCAUCCCAAGCACAUUCUUCCACUGUUCCACUGUCACGGUGAAGGGAACUUGUCUCUGAAAAAUGCUCAUAUUGGUGAAAACUAUGCUUGCUGUAAAAUGAAUCUGUGGACUAUCUCAUUAAAAGUUUAUUGUAUCAGUAAUUUAAGUGUGACUCACCUGAAAGAGACGCUACCUUUUAUUUGCCUUGUGUUAAGACACACCGCAGAACACUUUUUGAGGUUGCUUGCUGAUAGGGAACGUGGCUCACGCUGUUCAUCACCCCUUUGUCAGGUUGGAGACUGUUAACAAAGUCCUUCUGCUGGAAAAAUAAAUGGAAGUGCAGUGCUUUGUGCUUUCUGGAUCCUUGGAAUAUGACAAAGGCAAGACUGUGCUGCUUGCGCUGAUGCUGCUUUGCCAGGAGCAGCUUUUCCUCUGCCACCCAUUGUGCAGAGUCUCCUCAGAACAGUUGUAUUGUACUGGUAUGCGCACAGCCUGAAUAAACACAAUGUUUAUUCUGUUCUGGGAA